AUGUCUUCUCGUAUUCUUGGUUCACAACUUACUAAUUCCAUUAAACGUAUUGGUGUACGUUUUGAAUCUACUGCUACUGCUAGCAGUUUCCAAGCAGAACGUGAUGCAAUUAAGCAUCAUGCAGUUGAAUCUGCUGCUACUUGGAAGAAGAUCUCCAUCUUUGUUGUUAUUCCUGCACUUGCUGCAGCUGGGUUCAAUACCUAUAAUCUUUAUCAUGAACACCAAGAACAUCAAAAACAUCAUCCCAAAGAAUGGGUCAAGUACCCUUAUAUCAACUUCCGUGCUAGAGAUUUCUUCUGGGGCAAAGAGUCUAUUUUCUUCAACCCUAAGGUCAACCUUUCAGCCACUGACGAUGAAUAA